AUGCACAGCCUCUACAAGCUCUCCAGUCAUAGAAAGAUCCAAAAUGCCCACAAACCAUCGGAACCAUGGCGCCAAACCCUAAGCCCCCACCAACGGGGCUAUCGUGACCAUCCCCAAACGAUGGGGACAUCGCGAAUAUAUCCAACAACGACGAGCAACGAGGCCCACGUUGAGCAACACCAGCAAUGGGGACAUCACGAAUACGCCAAACAACAGGCACAGCAACAGCAACAGCAAGAGGCGGAGUGCAAAGUUUGCCCACUAGCAACUGACAGCCAAGUCAGGGGAGACAUCCCGUCUCCGCUAUUCCCGCGCAUCAGUAACACCGCCAACAUCUUCGCUGCACGUGUCGUCGACACGUGCGGUGUGAUCAUAGGACUGGUUGUGGCGGGGGGGGGGGGGCACAUAUUCUCUUCACUUGCAGUUCAUUGGGAGGAGAGGACCAUUGGGUUGUGUUUAGGAUAUUUCAUCGAGUGUGGCCUGGGUCAUGGAGAGUAUUUGUGGAACGUGUAUUUAUAG